AAUAAAUAAAGCAAAAAAAGAAAAAGAAAAAAGAAGACAUAAAUUUAAUAAGUUUGUUAGAGUGUAAUUUCCAGAGGAACUGUACCUUACUUGCUCUGAGAGAGAGAGAGAGAGAGAGAGAGAGAGUUUCUAGAGAGAGAAACCUUUGUUUUGUAUCAAUCUCUUGCCUUUUGCCCUUUGUUCCAUCUCACCUGCUCAAAGUCACACCUUCUAUACUGCUUUUAAGAGUGUGGUUUUUCCUCAGAAAAAAAUAUAUAUAGAGAAAUAAAUAAAAAUCCAUCUGGGUUUUUGGUUUUCCUAUCUUUUUUCUCUUUCAAAGUUAGCAUUUUUAUUUUAUUUAUUUAUUAUUAAUUUUUUUUGAAGGUGUGUGGGGUAUAUUGGUUUUUUGACUUUAAGCUUGCCACUUCAAUUUGCUUCUGAACAUAGUUAAAAGAUUUGGGAUCUGGGUUUUGCUUGAUUUGGCGCUUCAUUUCAGAAUACUUGUUGGUGUUUUCUCUAGAGAGAGAGAGAGAGAGUGUUUUAGAGAGAGAAAGUUGCAGAGGAAGAGGGAAUAAUGUCAGGAGGAGGUGCACCAAAGCCACCAAGCGAGCCACAACCACACCCACCCAAGGAUCAGCUACCUAACAUCUCUUACUGCAUUACCAGUCCGCCUCCAUGGCCUGAGGCUAUUCUCCUCGGUUUCCAGCAUUAUCUUGUGAUGCUUGGUACAACUGUUCUCAUUCCCACAGCUCUUGUUCCCCAGAUGGGAGGUGGAAAUGAGGAAAAGGCAAAAGUGAUCCAGACCCUACUCUUUGUUGCUGGUUUAAACACAUUGCUGCAGACACUGUUUGGGACUCGAUUACCUGCUGUAAUUGGAGGGUCAUAUACCUUUGUCCCAACUACAAUUUCAAUUAUACUUUCUGGUCGCUUCAGUGAUAGUUCAGAUCCUAUUGAGAAAUUUAAGAGGACAAUGCGGGCAAUUCAAGGUUCUCUUAUUGUUGCUUCAACUCUUCAGAUUGUCUUAGGGUUCAGCGGCCUUUGGCGUAAUGUUGCAAGGUUUUUGAGUCCACUUUCAGCUGUUCCUCUGGUAGCUUUAGUUGGUUUUGGGCUCUACGAGUUGGGUUUUCCUGGGGUUGCAAAAUGUGUGGAAAUUGGAUUGCCGGAGCUUGUUAUUUUAGUGUUUGUUUCACAGUAUAUGCCCCAUGUGUUUCACAGGGGAAAACAUGUCUUUGACCGUUUUGCUGUCAUAUUUACGGUGGUUAUUGUGUGGAUUUAUGCUCAUCUACUCACCGUAGGUGGAGCUUAUAAUGAUGCAGCCCCAAAAACACAGGCAAGCUGCCGUACUGAUCGUGCUGGUCUUUUAGGUGCUGCUCCAUGGAUAAGAAUUCCUUAUCCCUUUCAAUGGGGAGCACCUUCUUUUGAUGCUGGUGAAGCCUUUGCCAUGAUGAUGGCUUCUUUUGUUGCUCUUGUGGAGUCCACUGGGGCUUUUGUUGCGGUGUCAAGGUUUUCAAGUGCAACUAUGGUACCACCUUCUAUUCUCAGCCGUGGUGUUGGUUGGCAGGGAGUUGGCAUUCUGAUCUCUGGCUUGUUUGGAACUGUUAAUGGAUCCUCAGUAUCUGUAGAGAAUGCUGGUCUUUUGGCCUUGACGCGUGUUGGCAGUCGAAGGGUAGUUCAGAUUUCGGCUGGAUUCAUGAUAUUUUUCUCCAUUCUUGGGAAGUUUGGAGCGCUCUUUGCUUCAAUCCCAGCACCCAUUAUUGCUGCUUUAUAUUGCCUUUUCUUUGGUUAUGUUGGUGCUGGAGGUCUUAGCUUUCUUCAGUUUUGCAAUCUCAACAGUUUCAGAACAAAGUUCAUACUAGCCUUCUCUAUCUUUUUGGGUUUGUCUGUGCCACAGUAUUUCAAUGAAUAUACUCUAGUCAAUGGUUAUGGUCCAGUCCACACCGGUGGAAGAUGGUUCAAUGAUAUUAUUAAUGUCCCUUUCCAAUCAAAAGCAUUUGUUGCUGGCUGCUUGGCCUAUUUCCUGGACAAUACCUUGCAUCGGGAUGCUGGAAUAAGGAAAGACAGAGGUAAACAUUGGUGGGACAAAUUCUGGUCCUACUCGGGCGAUACAAGGAGCCAGGAGUUCUACUCACUGCCGUUCAACCUGAACAAAUAUUUCCCAUCUGUGUGAUCGUCAUGACAGCGGAGACUGAGCUAUCAGGAGCUGAGGACUGAUCCUUCUGCGGAAAGUCCUCAAAAAGCUCUUUCUGGUAUCAAAUUACAAAACCAUUGUUCUCUCCGUUUCCUGUGAAAUCUUUUUUACACGCUUCAGCAGUAUAACAUAGUGUCUUUCCUUUAUACAGUGGUUUUUAGUACAUUUAUUUCAUUAUAUUCCUUGCUGUAAAUCCGAGGGAAGUUAAUUUAAAUUAGCAAUGAAGAAGUUUGCUUUCCA